ACCUGCGACAUAGGUGGAGGAAGGCCACUCAAGACUCAAGAGUCAAGGAGGUCGGGAGGCUCCGAAGAUGGAGCUCGUCUCUGUUUCGAUUCUCUCUUCAGAUCUAAAGCUUUUUACUGUUCAUAGGUUUGGUUGUGAGUAAAGUAAAGCUUGGUCUCCAUUCGAUCUUAUAACAAUGGAGGAUAAAGCUGACGAAUGCAGCAGGGGAGGUUUAUCUGAAACAAGAUUUUCUGUUUAACCUUCUUUUUCUUUUCUUGAAUAGAGAUAAAGAGUAUAUAAGAUCAGUACGAAAUGGAAGAAGGAAGAAGCUUCGAUGAGGAAUACACUGGCGGGUCAUCGGCAUCAGCAGCUAUACUUCUUGAUUCGUCCGACCAUGACUUGAAGAAAGAAGAGGAGGAGAUUAAAAACGAGUUGGAAAGUAAGGAAACUGAUAAGUGGUCUUGGGGACUUCCAAAUGAUAUUCUAGAGAUGAUUUUGGAACGACUAGCGUUUCCUGAUAAUCUGAGAUUCGCAGCGGUUUGCGUGCCAUGGAAAAGGGUUUCUGUGAAAAGACGCCAAAUUCCCAGAUAUCCCUGGGUGAUGUUCUCAUACACUCGCCAAACUAAAGAUUUUAGCCUUUUCAGUCUCUUAGAGAGUAGGGUUUAUCAUAUCAAUAUACCUUGGAUCGAAGCUGGACAAUGUCUUGGUUCUUGCCAGGGUUGGAUUUUGGCUUCCAACCCCGAUCCGAAGCAUUGUUUUCUCUUCAAUCCGUUCUCAAGAGAAGCUCCAAUCGUUGAGCUUCCUUACUUGAACUUUUGGGCUGGAAAAAAUCUUUAUUGCUGGCACAGUCAGAAUUUCUUUCACAAGGUGAUUUUAUCUUCCAGUCCUACUGAUCCUGACUGCCUUGUUAUAGCCAUUUCGGAUUCAUAUGGGUUAGCUUAUUGUAAAAUUGGAGAUAACCAAUGGGUGAUAUUCAAGGAUAUUGAAGAGGACGACUUUGGAGAGGAUGUUGUGUUUUACAAUGGGCAAGUUUAUGCACUUUCAGAGAAUGAUCAUCAGCUUAUGGUGUUGGAUAUGAAAGAUCCAGAUCUUUCCGGCGAUGAAGAUUUUGAUCCAUAUCUAAGUCAAGAGGAAAUUUUUGCUCUAUAUCCAAGAAAAGAAGACAUCAGUGUAUGCCCAUUUAUGGAAAUACUUGAUCAGGAGCUUCUUUUUAAUGAUUCCUCUUUUUUUCACACUUACCUUGUGCAAUCCGAGGGGAGUCUCUUGCUGGUUUCUAGGAUAUAUAAACAUGCCACAGUGAAUCUUGAUGACCGUGACUUUUUUACAUGGUGUGAAUGUGGUAGAAAGAUGUUUUCUCGUCGACAUCUUCAAACAGUCAGAUUUCUUGUAUACAAGCUGGAGUGUAAUCCAGAAUCAAGUGGUGAUUCUACAUUUAGAUACAAUUGGGUCAAACAAUCAAGAUUGGGUGAUAAUCAAGUGCUGUUCUUGGGGAGAAGUUUCUGCCAAUCUCUCUCCACUGUUGAAUGCCCAGGUUUGAAAGGAAACACAAUUUAUUUUACAGAUGAUGGCAAGAUAGUGCUCAAUCCACCUCAGCCUAGAGACAUGGGAAUCUACCAUCUUCAUGACGGACAAAUUGAGCCCUUACUUCCAUUUGAUUCCUCUCAAUUCAAUGGUUUGCCUUUCUGGAUCAUACCAUCAGUAUGAAAAGGCUUGAAGGAGAUGGAAUGCAGAUAAUGGUGUUUCUAUGGUUGUGCGUGGAGCUGUUGGGUGAGUUGAAGUGGGUGAGGCUUGGUCUUCUGCUAGGAAAAACAGGCUGUGAAGGAGAUGGUUCCUUGGGAAGAUUUUUACUUACCAAAAGAUGGCUAGGUUGUUGUUUUGGUAACUGUAGACUCUGAUUGUGGAAAUAGUUUUAUGUUUCAUCCUUUUGGUAAACAUGUAAAUAAGGAUUCUAAUGACACCUAGUGUAUAUGGUUAGUUGCAGUGAGACUGUUGUUUAA